AUGCCUCUUUUAAAUAACUUAGUAACUCUUAUUUUUGCUAUUAGCUGCAUAAGAAAUGGUUCUGCAGCCGCCUUUUCAAAUGUAAUAGUACGAAGAGGCCCAGUGGAGUAUUUAAAUUAUGAUCCUGCUACAUUUUCCUUUGCAACACCGCAACUAGCUCAAUUGUCAGCAGAUCCUAUAGAAUCAGUGGUCCCCAUACCUCCAGUGCCGUCUGUAGUAACUCCGUGUGUGUCACCUUGCGUUAUUCGUAAUGGACCUCCCACUGGUUUAACGCCAAUAUCCGCCACGACUAAUGCUAGAAUAGUUGCUCUUAAGUCAACUCUAGCAAAUGUACCAGAAGCAAAUGGCUACCAAUAUGCGUAUGCUGUAUUUGAUGAAAAUACUGGAGACAAGAAAACCCAAAGCGAACAAAGUGAUGGGUCAGUAGUGCAAGGACAAUAUUCGUUCAUUCAACCUGAUGGCUUCCGUCGUGAGGUCAUUUACACAGCGGAUGAUUUGAAAGGGUUUAAUGCAGUAGUCAGAAAUAUUUCCCCUGAACCAGAAAUUCAACAAGAAGAAAAUAUAAAAGAAAAAAACGAGACUAAAAAGCCAAUACCUCCAUGUCACGAGGUUAAAAGCGAACAACUCACCCAUGCUCAUGAGGAAAACUCAGAAGAUGGAAUAGAACAUAUGGAAGAAAAGAAAAAUGAAGAAAGUAUUGAUGAAAAAAGUCCCGAAAAGAACGUUGAGAAAUCAGACAAAAGUGCUAAAAAAUCAAAUGAAAGUGCUGAAAAAUCACAUGAAGAUUCAUACCUUGCCGUCUCAUCUGUAGAAAAUAAGCCUCAUACAUCAAAUGCUAUAAUUUCCUACCAUGACAUAAUAAAUUGUCUUCAAACUAAACUCAAAGGAGCUCAAAAUGCUGUGUCCCCAUUAACUUAUGUACUAGUUCCCUCUUCAAGAAGUCCUUGU